AUCCCCAAAUAAAAGAAAAGCUAAAAAGCACUGCAACACAACUAGAAGGGUUUAAAAAAUUGGCAUUCUAUACCGACGGGUCACUCUUAAGCCCAACUGAAAACCCAGAAAGAAGGAAAAUGGGGAUCGGCUGGGUAGCUGCG